AUGAGCGCUCCUAAUCCACCAGCACCAGCAUUAGCACAGGGACAACAACAGCAGGCCGAUAAUAUUGAAUAUACCAAAAAGGCUCGACACGGCCACGGAAAAGACGUGACAGAUGAUAGCGGUAUUCGGCAAGUCGCAGGCUGUCUUCCGAUAGAUCCAGUCAACAUGCGUUUCCUUUUAGUUUCUUCGCGGAAGAGGCCAGGCGCAUGGGUGAUUCCUAAAGGCGGCUGGGAAGAGGAUGAAACACAAGAACACGCUGCACUGCGUGAGACGUGGGAGGAAGCAGGUAUCAAAGGCACAAUCAUACGACAGAUUGGCGUCUUUCAAGAACGAAACAAGAAGGGUGUAAAGGCACAUCACUGGAUCUAUGAACUGGAAAUUCGUGAAGUUGUCAAAAAGUUUCCUGAAAAAAAGAAGCGUGAGCGACGAUGGGUAAGGAGCAUUAAUUUAUGUGGGGUGGGGAGGGGGGCCUAG